AUGUCCCGCCUCCUGAACCCGUUCGGGUUCCUGAAGUCCGUCGUCAACAUCGUCCUUGAAGUCUGCGUCUUCUGGCAGCUGCGACUCUACGCUUGGUGGUUCGAGAAAGCGCCGCAAGAUGCGUUGCUGGAGAAUUUAGGCGAGGCAAGACUGUUUGAAGAAUGGGAAGCAGCGGCUUUCCAGUUGGACGAGGUGCUUGGGUAUGAUUUGUGGCGUCAAAACCCCGCCUCCAAAUCCUACGACUUCCGCCUCAUCUACUCCCGCCUCCAAGCCAUCAUCUCCGCCCGCGAAGACGACGAUAUCCUCACCCUCGUCUCCCUCCUGCGCUCCGGCCUCGUCCGCAAUCUCGGCAACAUCACCACCCCCCGCCUGUUCUCCCGCGCCUAUGCCGGCACCAAGCUCCUCAUCGAAGACUAUAUCACCCAGGUCGCCUUGGCCGUCGACUACGUGACCUCGUACCCGACGUCCGCGAGCCUGGCGAACGGGCUGACGCUCCAGGCGAAGUUGGACGUCCUACACGAUACCCGGCAGGCGUUUGGGCGGUCGGCGCUGGUGUUGCAAGGCGGCUCGAUCUUUGGGCUCUGUCAUUUGGGAGUGGUGAAGGCCUUGCAUUUACGGGGUCUGCUACCCCGGAUUAUUGCGGGGACGGCCACGGGUGCUUUGAUGGCCGCGUUGGUGGGCGUACAUACUGAAGAUGAGUUGCUGGCAUUCCUUAGUGGGGAUGGGAUUGAUUUGAGCGCCUUUGCACAAGGGGAAGGGGCGCAGGAGCAGCGGGAUGGAAAUGGGGUGGACGGCAACAGGGAAGAGGGAAGUGUGGGGGUAAGGGGGUGGGUAGAUUUAAAGACGUUGAAGACGAGGGUUAAGCGGUUUUUGAAGGAGGGACACUUCUUGGAUGUUGGGGUGCUGGAGCAGUGCGUGAGAGCCAAUGUCGGCGACCUGACGUUCGAAGAAGCGUACUCCAGGACGAAACGGGUGUUGAAUAUCACCGUGAGCGCUGAGGGAGGCGGCGUGCCAAACGUUCUUAACUACCUCACGGCCCCUAAUGUGCUCAUCUGGUCUGCCGCCCUCGCCUCCAACACCACCACCUCCUCCCUCUUCCGACCUGUCACACUCCUCUGCAAGUCCGAGUCCGGCGAAAUCCAUCCCUGGUCGACCGCCGAGCACGCCACCUUCCACCCCUGGACGCAUACCGCCUACUCCGAGCGCGAGUCCCCCCUCGCCCGCAUCGCCGAGCUGUUCAACGUCAAUCACUUCAUCGUCUCCCAAGCGCGGCCGUACAUCGUCCCGUUCCUCCGGUCGGAGCUACACCAUCCACCCCCGCCGCGCCGCCACGCGUUCCGGUUCCUCACGCGGCUAAUUCCCCUGCCGCCCAUGAUGAUCCCGCGGUUGGUGGUCAUGGAAUUGCACCAUCGCCUGCAUCAGCUGGACAACCUGUCGUUGCUGCCUCCGUCCAUCCGCCGGUUCCUGCUCGACGAAAACGUCCCGGGCGCGUCGUUGACCCUGGUGCCGGAAAUCAGUGCGCGGGACUUCCUCCGCUUGGUGGAGAAUCCGUCGCGAGAAGCGGUGGAACAUUGGAUCUUGCGGGGGGAGCGGUCGGUGUGGCCGGCCGUGGGGGCGUUGAAAGUGCGCUGCGCGGUUGAGGUGGAGCUGGACCGCGGGUAUCAGUUGGUGAGGAGGCGGAAGCCGUUCGAUAAGAACGGGGGGAGUGCGGUGGAGAGGGUGGUGAAGGAGACGAAUCAAGGGGGGAAGAGGAAGGAGAGGGCGAUGAGUUUGGGGGAGCAUGGAUAAUGUGUACACGAUAGGUUGUUUGCCACGAGGUUAUGAUAUCAUGGAAAUAUGCCGUUCGAGGAACCAUAAAUUGGUGGCUAACAUCAACAUACGCCCCAUCCCCCCAACUAUCAUCUUACGAGAUCACAUAGACUGAACUCAGUGAUACCAUCCGCUCGGACUGGUGCCGAAGUAACGUGGAUGUUCCCAACUUUUAGAGGGGCAGAAGAGGCCAACCGAGUCUAGACGGUGAUUUGAUCGAUCGAUUCAAAGUCUAAAGUAUAAUCAUUGCCUUAAUGACUUCAAUUAUUGCUCUCACGGCUAAGGAGAGGAAACUAAAUUGACUAGGGGUAGAAAUGGGUCCCUAGAGCCGCAGUAUAGACGGACGCAUCACCGAAUCACCGAACGAGCGGAAGAAUACGCGACCUAACGAUAUAUUUCCCGGGUCUCCGAUCAGCCGCCUGAUCGGAUUUUGGAGCUCACAGCUCAAAGCU